UCUUAUUUUGUUAGAAAAAGUUACGUAUUUCCGUUUGUCGUCUGGCUAACAGUAAGUUAGCUGGUAGCUAAACAAACAUGGCUCUGCAACAUUAUCAGACAACGGAGCUAAAUGAUACGUAACUGAGGCAAAUGAAAAGGGACAAUAUGCAACAAUUAAUAAGAAACGUGGCGACUACAAGGCUAUAGAUGGGGAGCAGGUUUAUUAAUCAGUUGGUUAGCUUGCUGUAGCCUUUUGUGACCGUGUUUACACAGAGCUAGCCCUCCAGUUGGCUAAUGCAAGAUAGCAAAAUGGAGCUUGGAACAAUGUUGUACAACAAUUUAAAAGAUGUUACAUGGAGCACGACGUCUUUACCCUUAGACCAACUUGUCAGUGCUUACAGGUUGCCUCAAAUCGUCAAGCUGGAUAAUGGUCAGUUGGUUGAAGGGCUCAGAGACAAUGACUACCUCUUGAUUCAUUCCUGCCGUCAGUGGACGACUAUUACUGCUCACAGCCUAGAGGAGGGACACUAUGUCAUCGGACCCAAAAUAGAAAUACCGGUUCACUAUGAAGGUCAGUUUAAGCUGCUGGAACAGGACAGAGAUGUCAAGGAGCCUGUGCAAUACUUCAACAGCGUGGAGGAGGUGGCCAAAGCAUUCCCCGAAAGGGUUUACGUCAUGGAAGAAAUUACUUUCAAUGUCAAGAUGGCUUCAGGAGAAUGCAAUGAAGACACAGAAGUUUACAAUAUUACACUAAGCACCGGUGAUGAACUGACAUUAAUGGGCCAGGCUGAGAUCCUCUAUGCCAAGACAUCCAAAGAAAAAUCCAGAUUCAACACUAUCUUCAAAAAGAUCGGGAAGCUGAAUUCCAUCAGUAAGAUCGGUCGAGGAAAGAUGCCUUGCUUGAUCUGCAUGAACCACCGCACCAACGAGAGCAUCAGCCUGCCUUUCCAGUGCAAAGGCCGGUUCAGCACCUGUAGCCCCCUGGAGCUUCAGAUGCAGGACGGCGAGCACACCAUCAGGAACAUUGUGGAGAAAACCCGUCUCCCGGUCAACGUGACGGUACCCAGCAGUCCGCCCCGCAAUCAGCACGAUCUCCAUCUCAUUCGGGAAGGUCACCGAUACAAAUUGGUCAACAUUCAGACGAAGACGGUGGUUGUGUGCUGCAUUCUAAGAAGCAACAAAAUUAUCCCAACCCACUUCCCCUUCCACAUGGCCAUGCCUCGAUUUAUUAUUCCAGAGGAGUUGCUGCAAGGAGAGUUGUGGCUAGACACCAUGGUGUACCGCUGGUUCUCUUUUUGCCAGGAGCAGUUUGACAUCGACGACUAUUCUCGCGCCGUGCGGGACGUGCGGACCGACUGGAACGACGACGGUAAGAGCCCGAAGAAAAGCAGCGGGAACGGCAGCUGCAGCGGAAGCAGUGCGGGAAGCAGCACCUCCAACGGCUGCGCCAACCACAUGCAGAUCCCCAGCUCUUUAACAUACGCCCGCGAAGAACUCACCCAGUCCUUCCACCGGCUGUCCGUGUGCGUGUACGGCAGCAACCUGCACGGCAACAGCGAAGUCAACCUGCAGGGAUGCAUGACGCUAUGCGGAGAUUGGACUCUCUUGCCUUCCGACAGCAUUCCGUCAGACUCAGGAGACAGCGAACACUUUUUCCCCGAGCUGUUGGAGAGCUCUACCCAGCAGCCGUCGCUCAACAAGUCGGACGUUCCUUAUGAGGAGCUGUGGCUGGAUCACUUGAGAGGCCAAGUCCCGAAGUCACCUUUAACCGAAGGAAUCCGAGGCAUCAACAACGGAUGCGGAACAACAGCGGCCCUGACGUUCCCCGUCACUUGUCCCGUCGGUGCGAUCACUAGCUCAGAUGUGUCGCUUACUCCACCACCAGUCCCACCCAAGUCUGAAGCUGUGAAGGAAGAAUGCCGUCUUCUGAAUGCCCCGCCGAUUCCUCCACGGAGUUUGAAACAGAUGCCAUCAGUGCCCAUCCUGUCGAAGCCACGACAGCAAGAAACGCGGUCUCCAAGUCCAACCCUCUCCUAUUAUUCCUCUGGGCUCCACAACAUUAUUGGAGCAAGCGAGCAAGAGGCAGCUGACCCACAGGAGCAAAGCCAAGCGUGCUACCCUUGUAACUGGGGUAAGUCCAACACCAGUGAGCCAAACACUAUUUCGCCCAGCACCAGCCUGCCGUCAGACGGUAUGUCCUCCAGGUUGUCUUGGCCGAAUAACUUCAGUGGAGGAGAAUCGCGCGGCAUGGAUGAAUUUCUACCAUCAAGCUGCCGAAGUUACUACAGUUACCCCAGGAAGAGAUCCCAAAACGCCGCAAAAACCUGCACGUCCAGCCUUGUCGACUUUGACGGCCGAGAGCACGCGCACAGCAGUAAAGACUUCAGUUCACAGAAAGCCUCUUUCAAUCAGUUCUGCACCAAAUCCUUGAGUUACAAUUCAGAAAUGUACAGAGACAAGCCAAUAGAAGAAUCAAACACUAAGCAGAGCCUCUCUUGCCCCAUCUUACCGCCAAGAACACCAAAAUCAAACACCACAAAGAGGUGCAAGGAUUUCUUGUCUGGAUCAGUCUGCGACAGUACGCAGGACAGUUCAAACUGCUCGCUUACUCAACACGAGGAAGGCACGAAAGAGAUAAAUCCCACCAUUAACCCAUUAACUCCUAACUGUCCAUCUUCUUCUCCCACUGCACAGUGGCAGCCCCCAUCCAGUCUGGCUGGUCUCUCUAUCGAAGAGGUGUCCAAAUCUCUAAGAUUUAUCGGCCUGCCGGAUGACAUUGUUUCUCUUUUUGUCUCUGAGAAGAUUGAUGGGAAUUUACUCCUGCAGCUCACUGAGGAGAUUUUGUCCGAGGACUUCAAGCUAAGCAAACUGCAAGUGAAGAAACUGAUGCAGUUCAUUAACGGAUGGAGACCUAAGAUAUAACUAACAGUAUAUGACACUAAAUCCUGUUUAUAAAACAGGGAAAAUCAUGCCUUCAGUAUAUGCUAUGCACACCAAGCCACAGAGUUUCUUUUUUGUAUGAUAUGAAUUGAUUUCCUUGUUACUACAUUGUGGGGAAGACAGUGGGGUAAUACUUCUCAACCCAUGUCUGUGACUGCUAUUUGCUAUAACUGAAUGGAAUAAUUUGGCACUUUCACAGAGACAUUUUCAUGUCAACUACUUAGUACUUUUCAUUCUACAGCCUACUUGUGUUCACUUCAAUAUACAAAUCUUAAUUUAAACCAAUUUAUUGACAGGAAAUUAACACUGAUGCGACCGGCACAUAAAAAUAAGAGGACAGGAAAAUAUUCUGCUUGACUAGGAUAUUGUAUGAUUCUGUUUUUAAAGGGUGUUUAAAGAGAGCACAAACCAGUGGAUGUGUUGCUUAUUUAAUACUCUAAAAAAAUCAAUGUUGGUUUUAGAAGUGAACACACGGCUGCUGUUUUUGUUUGUUGCAGCCUGUCAGUGAGAGAUGGAUUCUAGGCUGGUAUCCAGUCAUCAGGAUGUGGUAACCAAAGUGAUAAUGGCAUUUUAACUUCAAAAUGAUGAGCUUAAAUCCCAAAUAUGCAAUUAUAUAACGAUGCAGUUAACAAUAUGUCCUGUGAUGUACUGCACUGCCUUUAGUUUUCUGUGCAGGGUCGAUUCAAGUGCAUUUCUGAACCGAGGGGGGGCUCGAUUGAGUGUUUAGAAACGAGGUUCACAUGAGUGCUGAAAACAGGUAUAAAAGUGUACUUGUGUUCUUUUAAAAAUGUACCCAUUCUGAGCUCUUAUUAAGCCUUACAUUCACUCUGCAUCAGUGAACACCUCCUCUAAAUAGUAAGAAACGGGCAUUGAUGUAAAUCUGACUCCUGUGGUAUCAUACUGAUGUGCAGCUCCUUCGUUAGAAACCUGAAUAUUGUUUGAU